GCUCCUGGCAGGGUGGACUGGGUCCGCAUAUUAAUUUGCCUUCAUUGUGUUGUGGUGAGAGAUGUGAGGCUUCCCAUCCAACGAUAACUUCCGGGCGCAGUGAGCGGAGGAAAAGAAGAAUGGCGCAAGGAACGGUGAAGUCGGGGAAGAAGCAAAAAAUGAGUACCCGUACCCACAUUCUACUCCCAUCCAUCCAUUCCCAAUAACAACACCAUUAAAAUCUGGGUGGUCACAGCCCAGACCGCCACUCAAAGACAGCAAAAAAGCCCUGCUGUUCUGAGUUGUAUCAAUACCAAUAAACAAAACAAGAUGGCCGCUAGUCCCCAAAGCGGCUCCGCCUCCCCUUUCGCCUUGUCCCCGUGGAACCAAGUCUCGGGCGCCUCCCCAUGGACCCAACAGCCCGCCGAAGAAUCCGCCAUGGCCAACGACCAGGGCGGCUGGGACACCUCCCUCAUCGGCUCCCUCGUCCGUGAAGAAGGCCACAUUUAUUCCCUCGCCGCUUCCGGCGAUCUCCUUUACACGGGCUCCGAUAGUAAGAAUAUUCGGGUUUGGAAGGAUAUGAAGGAGUAUUCCGGGUUCAAGUCGAAUAGCGGGUUGGUUAAAUCCAUUGUGUUGGGUGACAAAAUCUUCACCGGCCAUCAAGACGGUAAAAUCCGGAUCUGGAAAUUUGCCGACCAAAAAAAAAAGACGUAUAAACGUCUAGGUAGUCUCCCUACCACCAGAGAUUAUCUCAAAAGUUCAAUGAAUCCGAAAACUUACGUGGAGGUUAAGAAGAAUAGAAACGCCCCGUGGAUCAAGCACCACGACGCCGUUUCGUGUAUGAGCUUGGAAGAUGAGGAAGGGUUGCUGUAUUCCGGAUCCUGGGAUAAAACCGUGAAGGUGUGGAAAUUAUCGGAGAAUAAAUGCAUCGAGUCCGUUAACGCCCACGAUGACGCCGUUAACGCGCUGGUAGUCGGCUUCGACGGCUUGGUAUUCACGGGGUCCGCGGACGGGACGGUGAAGGCGUGGAGGAGGGAGGUGAACGGGAAGACGAUGAAGCACGCGCUGGUGGACACGGUGCUGAAGCAGGACAACGCGGUGACGUCACUGGCGGUUAACGUGUCGGCGGCGAUGGUGUACGCGGGAUCCUCCGACGGGCUGGUGAAUUUCUGGGAGAGAGAGAAGAGUUUCAUGACGUACGGCGGCGUUCUCAGGGGCCACAAGCUCGCCGUGCUGUGCCUCGCGGCGGUGGCGAAUCUGGUGCUCAGCGGAUCCGCGGAUAACAGCAUCUGCGUGUGGAGGAGAGAGGAGGGCGCCGUCCAUGUCUGUAUGUCGGUGCUGAACGGCCACAGUGGGCCCGUGAAGUGCUUGGCCAUUGAAGUGGACAACGGCGAAGGCGAGGGCGAGGAAAGUGCGUCGGUAAACAGUGGGGAAAUGGAACGAUGGAGAGUGUAUAGUGGGAGUUUGGAUAAGUCGGUUAAAGUUUGGAGAAUAGUGCAGCCCAAGACGACGCAGUAAGUAAAAUGCAUGCAUAAACAAGCCUCCUCCAGUCUUAUUCAGUAGAUUGCAGCAGCCAGCCAGCUAGAUCGGAGACCAAUCUCCGACUCAAUUUUUCCGAUUCGGACUUUCAUUUUUUGUCUUCAAAAGACAUUGUUGUCCACCCAACCCAAAAAUAUUAAAUUAAGUUGUUCAUAACAUAUUAAUAUUAAUUACCUUUUUAAGUAUUAA